AUGGGAUCCUUGAGUGGAUUGGAUGUCAGACGGCGAAUUCCAAUUAAACUCAUUUCAAAACAUCCAAAUAAAAGUAAACUCUCCCCUCGACCCCAAAGAAAUAUGAGCAGAAUCCCUGCCAAGUCUCAGCAAGGUGAAGAAGGUUUUGAUUAUAAUGAAGAAGAAAGAUAUGAAAAUAAAGCCAGUGACAUGUUUGGCAAUCAGAGGAGAUUUCCAGCACACAUAUUUUGGGAUUUUAAGCUAAACCUUAUCGGAGAAAAGGAUGAUACUCCUGUCCAUUUCUGUGACAAAUGUGGCUUGCCUAUCAAGAUAUAUGGGCGCAUGAUUCCUUGCAAGCACGUUUUCUGCUAUGACUGUGCUCUGUUGCAUGAGAAAAAGGCAGAUAAGCUGUGCCCAGGAACACUUGUUGAAGAAAGUACUGACACCUAUAAACGUGUGAGUUGCAAUGAUCCCGUCCAGCGAAUCGAGCAGUGUGCCCGGGGAACUCUGUUCAUGUGCAGCAUUGUGCAAGGAUGCAAAAGGACAUAUUUGUCCCAGAGAGACCUGCAGGCACAUAUUAACCACCGACAUAUGAGAGCUGCAAAACCAAAUCGUCCACAGCCAGAACCAAUCCAUCCUCCAAUGGCCCCACCUCCUACAGAAAUGCCUGAUCGUUUUAUAAUGCCCCCUGAUAAGCACCACUUGAGUCAUAUGCCUCCUAAACAGCACAUACUGAUGCCCCCACCACCAAUUCAGCAUGUGCCUCAUGAGCAUUUUAAUCAACAGCAUGAAGAUAUGCGUGCUUCCCCAGCAGAUAUGUCUAUGGCGCCACCUCCUCCUCGCCCAGUUAGUCAAGAUGCUUUUCGAAUUAAUACUAGAACACACAGCAAUUUAAUAACUGUACCUAUUCAAGAUGAUUCCAAUUCUGGGGCCAGAGAAGCUCCUCAGGGACCUGGUCCAGCUCUUCACCAUCCUGAGUAUCCUGGUCAACCUGUGGUAACGCACCCUCACCAUAUUAUGCCUCCACAGCAACAUUAUGCUCCUCCCCCUCCACCACCUCCUCCAAUUAGUCAUCCAAUGCAACACCCACCUCAGGCCGCUGGUACACCUCAUAUGGUAUACAGUCAAGGACCCCCACCACCUUUGACGACGGCUCCUCCACCAAUCACUCCUCCACCUGGACAUAUAAUAGCGCAGAUGCCACCCUACAUGAAUCAUCCACCACCAGGACCUCCACCACCCCAACAUGGUGGUCCACCUGUAAAUGCCCCUCCUCCACAUCAUUACAAUCCUAACACUUUGCCACAGUUUAACGAAGAGCAAGGAACUCUCAGCCCACCUUUCACACAACCUGGGGGCAUGAGUCCAGGUAUAUGGCCUGCACCUAGAGGACCACCACCACCUCCACGAAUGCAGGGUCCUCCGACCCAAGCACCUAUUCCUGGACCUCAUCAUCCUGAUCAGGCUCGGUACAGGCCAUAUUAUCAAUGA